AUGAUUAAUGCUCUCUGUGGAAGCAUGGGGUCUCUCAAGAGCGAGAACUCAUGCAACAAGUUGCAACCAACUUCUCCUAAUGAGUCAUCGUCAGUCACUGAAUCUAAAAACACUACCCAGUCUUUUGAAUUUGAACAAAAUAGCCUAACCCCAACAAGCCUAAACUUACCUGCAGUCAAAUUUGAGUUGGAUGGAGAUGUUGAAGUCCAGUCACCUGAUAGUUCCAUGUGGGAGAGCUUUUUCACUGAUAAUUUUGACUCUGACUUCAUGAUCUCAUCUCCAGUGAGGAACUUGCCAUCGCCACAAACGUCAAGCUACAAUCACAAUUAUGCUCAUGCAAUGCAAGGGCAGAGUCUUUCAGGCUGCUCUCCUCCUAGAUAUUUAUCUCAGCUUGGAGCUGCUUUUAGUAGUAUCCACAAAGGGAAGGGACAGAGUCCACUCCAUAGAAUGUGUAACUCUCCAAAUAAUCAAUUCAUGCAAGUUGAGAGCCUUUCUUUACCAGGUAUUGAGGACUUCUUGGAUGAUUUUCAAAGAGAUGGGUACGGAGAAGGAUACCAACAACCACCUAAGAUGUCAGGCAGCAGUGGAAGUUCAACACAGUUGUUUGAUAUGUCAACCAUAGUUCCUGCAAUGUUGGAUUGCUUGACUAUACAGAACCCCUCAAGGUUUUGUACUGGAUCGGUGAGUGAAACAUCAUCAGGUUCACCAAUGACACAGGAGAGCGAUAUUUUUCAGAUGGGUUCUGUUGGAAUUGCACCAUCAUCACAGCAACUAUUACAGGAAAACCAGCAGCAGCCGCAGCCGCUGCCACAAAAAACAACACAACCACAGCCUCCACCAACAACCCAAUCCCUGCAACAGCAACCACAGAGUCUUAACCAUACCUUGAUGGUAUCUCUUCCUAUUGGCUCUGAGCAGGAACAAGAUAGUGGCCUCCAACUACUGAACCUCCUCCUUGCUUGUGCUGAGGCGGUAUCCAAUGAAGACUACAUGCUAGCUAGAAGAUAUCUCCACCACCUGAAUAGAGUCGUCAGCCCCCUUGGUGACUCCAUGCAAAGAGUUGCGUCCUGUUUCACUGAGGCCCUAAGUGCUAGGCUGGCUGCAACCCUUACAACUAAACCUAGUACCUCCUCUUCAAAAGCCUUCUCUCCUUUCCCUCCAAACUCCAUGGAGAUUCUCAAAAUUUACCAAAUACUUUACCAAGCUUGCCCUUACGUAAAGUUUGCUCAUUUCACUGCUAAUCAAGCAAUUUUUGAGGCCUUUGAAACUGAAGAACGUGUUCAUGUUAUUGACCUAGACAUUCUUCAAGGCUAUCAAUGGCCAGCUUUCAUGCAAGCCCUAGCUGCUAGACCUGGUGGCGCUCCAUUCCUCCGAAUAACUGGAGUUGGAUCCUCUAUGGAGAAUGUUAGAGAGACCGGUCGGUGCUUGACAGAACUAGCUCAUUCUCUUCAUGUUCCAUUUGAGUACCACCCAGUUGCUGAAGAACUUGUAGACCUUAAACCACACAUGUUCAAUAGAAGGGUUGGUGAGGCUCUUGCUGUUAACUCUGUUAACCGGCUCCACCGUGUCCCCGGGAAUUGCCUGGGGAACCUAUUAGCAAUGAUCCGUGACCAAGCGCCAAACAUAGUAACAGUAGUUGAGCAAGAAGCAAGCCAUAACGGACCAUACUUCUUAGGUAGGUUCCUGGAGGCACUGCACUAUUAUUCAGCUAUUUUUGACUCUUUGGAUGCAACUUUUCCGCCAGAUUCUUCACAAAGGGCAAAAGUGGAGCAGUACAUAUUUGCUCCAGAGAUAAGGAACAUAGUGGCAUGUGAGGGAGCAGAGAGGUUUGAGAGACAUGAGAGGCUUGAGAAAUGGAGGAAGCUAAUGGAAGGGAAAGGGUUUAAGGGGGUGCCAUUGAGUGCAAAUGCAGUGACUCAGUCCAAGAUCUUAUUGGGCUUGUAUUCCUGUGAUGGGUACAGGUUGACAGAGGACAAAGGCUGCUUGCUCUUGGGGUGGCAAGAUAGAGCCAUACUUGCUGCUUCUGCAUGGAGAUGCUGA